GGGCUGCGCGACAAUGGGGCGAGCUGUGGAACGCGGCUGUCGCGGGCCUCGGGGGGGCGGAGCGACCGCCGCUGCCUCCGCAGCCCCGGCUGGGAUUUGAAAGAUUAAAAACUACCGGUGGAGAGGGCGACAACGUUGAAUGUGUGGCGGAAGCGCUGGGGGCCACGGCUCGGCGCGGGGCCGGGCAGCCGGCGGCGUCUCCACACCAUGAAUUAUCCGGGCCGCGGAUCUCCGCGGAGCCCUGAACAUAACGGCCGGGGCGGCGGCGGCACAGCCUGGGAGCUGGACUCGGAUGCGGAGCCGGCGUUCGGCGGCGGCGUUUGCUGCUUCGACCACUUGCCCGGCGGGGACCCGGGUGACGACGAGGUGCCCCUGGCCCUGCUGCGCGGGGAGCCCGGGCUGCACUUGGCGCCGGACGCGGAGGACCACAACCACCACCUAGCGCUGGACUCCUGCCUUAGUGACGAGAACUACGACUUCAGCUCCGCGGAGUCGGGCUCCUCGCUGCGCUACUACAGCGAGGGUGAGAGCGUGAGCGUCGGCUGCGGCAGCUCCUCGUCGCUGCACCCGCCGCCGCAGCCGCCGCUGGUCCAGUCGAGCGCGGGGGGCAUCGGCCCAGCGGGAGCGGGGCUCGGGGAAAGGAAGCGCACCCGGUCUGAUGGAACAGCCGCCAGGCACCGCUACGAGGUAGUGACGGAGCUGGGCCCCGAGGAGGUUCGCUGGUUCUACAAGGAGGACAAGAAGACCUGGAAGCCCUUCAUCGGCUAUGACUCGCUCCGCAUCGAGCUCGCCUUCCGAACGCUACUGCAGGCCACGGGUGGCCGGCCCCGGGCGGAGGACCCGGACGGCGACCGUGUGUGCGGCCCGGCCUCCAGCUCUGGGGAGGACGAGGACGAGGACCGCGUCUGCGGCUUCUGCCCGCGCGCUGCGGGGCACGAGCCCGAGAUGGAGGAGCUGGUGAACAUCGAGCGGGUGUGUGUGCGGGGCGGCCUCUACGAGGUGGAUGUGACCCAAGGAGAGUGCUACCCGGUGUACUGGAACCAGGCAGAUAAAAUACCAGUAAUGCGUGGACAGUGGUUUAUUGAUGGUACUUGGCAGCCUCUAGAAGAAAAAGAAAGUAAUUUAAUUGAGCAAGAACAUCUCAGCUGUUUUAGAGGUCAGCAGAUGCAGGAAAAUUUUGAUAUUGAAGUGUCAAAAUCCAUAGAUGGAAAAGAUGGCAGUGGGAUCAGCUAUUCUGUUGUCUACCACCUCCCUCCCUUCUCCCUCCCUUCUCUGUUCAAAUGGAGAGGAUAUAAGGAGAGUACAGAUGCGGCAGGUCUUAAACGAAAGCGUUCUCAAGCUGUUCAUAGUUUCAAGUUGAGUCGAAAUCACGUGGACUGGCACAGUAUGGAUGAAGUGUAUCUUUAUAGUGAUGCAACAACAUCUAAAAUUGCAAGGACAGUGACCCAAAAACUGGGAUUUUCUAAAGCAUCAAGUAGUGGGACCAGACUUCAUAGAGGUUAUGUAGAAGAAGCCACAUUAGAAGACAAGCCAUCACAGACAACCCAUAUUGUAUUUGUCGUGCAUGGCAUUGGGCAGAAAAUGGACCAAGGAAGAAUUAUCAAAAAUACAGCCAUGAUGAGAGAAGCUGCAAGAAAAAUAGAAGAAAGGCAUUUUUCCAACCACGCAACACAUGUUGAAUUUCUGCCUGUUGAGUGGAGGUCAAAACUUACUCUUGAUGGAGACACUGUUGAUUCCAUUACUCCUGACAAAGUACGAGGUUUAAGGGAUAUGCUGAACAGUAGUGCAAUGGACAUAAUGUAUUAUACUAGCCCACUUUAUAGAGAUGAACUAGUUAAAGGCCUUCAGCAAGAGCUGAAUCGAUUAUAUUCCCUUUUCUGUUCUCGGAAUCCAGACUUUGAAGAAAAAGGGGGUAAAGUCUCAAUAGUGUCACAUUCUUUGGGAUGUGUAAUCACUUAUGACAUAAUGACUGGCUGGAAUCCGGUUCGGCUCUAUGAACAGUUGCUGCAGAAGGAAGAAGAGUUGCCAGAUGAACGGUGGAUGAGCUAUGAAGAGCGACAUCUGCUGGAUGAACUCUAUAUAACAAAACGACGGCUGAGAGAAAUAGAAGAACGGCUACAUGGAUUGAAGGCAUCAUCCAUGACACAAACACCUGCCUUAAAAUUUAAGGUUGAGAAUUUCUUCUGCAUGGGAUCCCCACUAGCAGUUUUCUUGGCAUUGCGUGGCAUCCGCCCAGGAAACACUGGAAGUCAAGACCAUAUUUUGCCCAGAGAAAUUUGUAACCGGUUACUAAAUAUUUUUCAUCCAACAGAUCCAGUGGCUUAUAGAUUAGAACCGUUAAUACUGAAACACUACAGCAACAUUUCACCUGUUCAGAUCCAUUGGUAUAAUACUUCCAAUCCUCUACCUUAUGAAUAUAUGAAGCCAAGCUUUCUCCAUCCAGCAAAAGAACCUACCUCAAUUUCAGAGAAUGAAGGCGUUUCAACAGUACCAAGCCCUGUGACCUCACCAGUCUUGUCCCGCCGGCACUAUGGGGAAUCUAUAACAAAUAUAGGCAAAGCAAGUAUAUUAGGGGCCGCUAGCAUUGGAAAGGGCCUUGGAGGAAUGUUGUUUUCAAGAUUUGGACGUUCAUCUACAUCACAGGCGUCUGAGGCAUCAAAAGACUCAAUAGAAGAUGAGAAGAAGCCAGUUGCCUCGCUCCCCACAACUACUGUAGCAACGCAAACCCUUCCACACAGCAGUUCUGGCUUUCUGGAUUCUGCAUAUUUCAGACUUCAGGAAUCGUUCUUUAAUCUCCCACAACUUCUUUUUCCGGAAAAUGUAAUGCAGAAUAAAGAUAAUACCCUCGUGGAAUUGGAUCACAGAAUUGAUUUUGAACUCAGAGAGGGACUUGUGGAAAGCCGCUACUGGUCUGCUGUUACAUCACAUACUGCCUAUUGGUCGUCCUUGGAUGUUGCCCUCUUUCUUUUAACCUUCAUGUACAAACAUGAGCACGACAAUAAUGCAAAACCCAAUUUAGAUCCAAUCUGAACUCUUGAAGGACAUUAAUGGCCCAAAACUGAUUUCUUUCUGUUAAAAUAUGUGUAUCACGAUAUGAAGAUUUCAGGUUUAAGUGUGUUUCAGUUUUGUUUAGGGCAAGAAACAUUUGAAUUUAAAAGCACUUUAUUUAAAAAACAAAAAUAUUUUUUCAGUCUGAAAGAAAUUAUUUACAGUUUUCAUCAUUUUAAUUAUGAGUCCGACAGAACCCCCUGCCGAAAAUCAAGCACGACCUAGAAUUGAGUUUAGGUAAACGGUAAGAUUAUAAAUCACAAUCUAAUUUCUCCCAAAUAUAAAGGCAUAUUAAUGAGUUGAAUCUAAUGUAUUAACCAAAAUAUGUUGUAAAUCUGAAAUGGCCAACAUCCAGUAUAGUCUAUGUAAAGAUCACAGGUGUUAUCACUGUUGUAGAUUUCCAUGAAAGCUUCUAUUUCCACAGUUCCUUUGAAACAAGAGGAUAACAGAUUUCAAGUGUUUUGACUUUAACUUGCUUAGAAAAAUUAAUGCUAAGAAAGAAACAAUGAACUACUGUAUUUAUAAUUUAUUACCUCUAACGGCUUUAUUUCAAUAUAUGAAACAUGACAUUUUUAAAAUCAAAAUUGUUUCCUUUGAACAAUUUAAGAACCACCUUUGUUUUCUAUAGCAUUAAGUCCCUUUUUCCCUCAAAACUCCAUCUUUGUACUCUUCAGAUGAAUAUAUAGACACUGUGGCAUAUUUUCAGUAUUUUUUUCAUUAAAAACUUGUGGUUUCACAUAAUUAACACUAGUUGUUUUGAAAGAAAUGAACUUUCUAUUAUGUCACAUGUACCUCAGUGAAAGCUAAAAAGUUUUCUAAAUUUGACACGCAGUACUCCCAUUGUGGCUAUAUUUCAUUAACUUCAUUGGACAAUUAGUAAACAACUUUGGAAUAGUGAGUACCACUUGAAAUAUAUAAACAUCUGUGUGCCAAACAGUUAACAUAUAUAAGGGACGGAGUGCCACUAACACAUUUUACAUGUGAAGUAUUUUAAGAAAAUCCUGUUGAGACACAAGGCACACAGAUCAGGAUUCCAAGGCACUGGGAGAGUUUUCCUCUGCUGUGAUUGCCUCCACAGUGCUUUUCAUCUGAGGAGCUCAAAGUGCUUUAAGGUUCAGUCAUCUGUGUGGUAGCUCCUUGCGGUAAGUAAAUGAGUGUUUUUCUCAUGUUACGUGUUAAUACACUAAGGCACCAAAACAUUUUAAAGUGCCUUGAAGUAGAUUACAGAGCAAACAGAAGAGCUCAGAUUGAGGCUAGACUAUAUUCUUUUAUAUGCUGUUCAGUGACUAGUAAUUCACAUGUGACCUCUUAGUAGUAUGCAAACAAUAAUAAUCACAGAAGUUGCAAUGCAUAAUUUGGAGAAGAGACUGUGAAGCCAGUAUUUUACUCUACUUUUCAAAUAUGUUCUGCGGUUCUCACAUGCAGAGGAGAGUUACUCAGAGAGGACCAUCUCUACCCCAACCAACCCUCACUUCUCAGUGGCUUCUACAAAGUUCCACUUAAGGUGCUGUGUUCGCUUAUCUUACAGGCAUUUUCUUAGCGGCCCAGUAAUGGUUGUCAGACUGGGAGCAAAGUUGGAUCAGUUGCAUAUCUCACCUACUCCUUUCUUUACAAACUAGGGGAAUCCAUAGGCUCACCUGUAGGUUUUCCUGCAGCACCAUCAGUCCUCUUGUCUGUUCUGACCCUUCACUGAAUUUGCACAACAGAAAGCACCUCUUAGUGCUUAAAAAGAUCCCAAGGCUCCAUAACCAAAUAUGUGACUCUCCAAGAAGCGCUUGCUAUAGAGGGCUUUUGAUGAAAUCUUAGCAAAGCUGAAGCAAUCUCUUUUGAAUUGAGAGAUUCCUGUGAACUCAGGUCAUUUUCAUACCCUGUUUUAUUUCAUAAGUCUAAUUUAGUUCUCGGGAAAAUUAAACUCCUGUCUCAUAUGACUGUAUCUUAAAGGUACUUGAGCAUAUGUUGCUGUAGGUGGUGUGACACUCAGAUGUCUAGGAGCUUUAAGGGAUUCAUUCUUAACCUCUAGAAUGUGAAGACCCCUUUUUACCUGAGAAGAGUAAAGUCUAUCAAACCCUUUAAUUUGCUACUGAGUGGAAGGAAAAAAAAAAAAAAAGAUAUACCCAUAGCCAUACCAUAUUAUCUGCUUCUCAUUUUUCAUGUUGAGAAAACAAAAUCAAAUUUAACCAUAUGGAGUUUAUUUGAAUUCUUGAAAAGAGCAACAUUUAAAACCCCCUUGGCAAAGUGAGGUAUUCUGGAUUACUCAACAGGUGUUUUGAUUUCAAUUCAUUAUUUCUUCAAUAGAGAUGGUGAUCUUGAUUUGAUAGUACUCUUCUUGUUUCCAUGUCUCUGCAUGUUAUCAUGGAAUGUACUUGUAUAUACUCAAGUAAUAUACAGAGUAUGUGUAAUUCCAGCUUGAUUUAGAAGCUAAGUCCGUUACUGAGUAACAUUUUGCCACUUUAUUCCAGCAAGUACUAAAUUGGCCAAAAAGUUCUGUUUUUGAUACCAUUAAAAUUUUAUUCUCUAUUUUGUGUACAUGCUAUGAUGAUUCUUCUGAUUAGAUCAUUCAGUUUUUACCCAGUUAGGAUCCCAGGAAUUAUCAAAACUUAGAAUAAGCAGAAUGUUUUGGAUUAAAACUUACCUUAUUUUUACUUUGAAA